GAGGUAGGGCAGAGCAGAAAGAGAAAGGAAGAAGACGCACACUUUGAUCAACACUCCCCCCCCCCAUACCCCCCCACCCCCACACACACACACACAGUAUUCAAGAUUUAUUUUCAAAUGUCGGAUCUCUGUCACAGGUAGAGGCAAACGCGCAGCGGGAGUUUAUGGGGCGGCAUUUUCCUUUAGCUCACCCAGGACUUUAAGGGAGCCUAUUCUACAGAGAAGCGAGCGCCAGAAAUCGUUUUUUGUUGUCCACAGCAGUGCAUGUUCGCUACUUUGGUGAAUAGGAUGCGCAUCUUCUCCAGCCGACCCGGCGCUGUUUGACACCCCCCCCCCUGCGAGCUGGAUCCACUAACCGGGGGGAGUUGGGCUCUUUAAAAACUUUGCUGUCCGUACUUUUGAUGCCACGGAAAUGGGACCGUGCCAACGGGAGAGCGUGUCCGCGCUUCGCGGAGAAAGUUUGCUUUGGACUGUGCUGAUACUCUGGCUGACCACGUUUGUUGACGCGACCUGGAAGACGGGACUUUACAAAACCUAUUCAGCCGGGACGCAGCUGAGCAGAGACCAGACCGCCACCUCUCACACCUCAGUCUACCAGAAAAGAAACUGGUGUCCUCAUACGGUCACUAGGACGGUGACGUGCCAGGUGCAGAAUGGGACAGUUCUCCAGCGGGUUUACCAGACAUGCCGUUGGCCACAGGGAUGUACAGGCGGCAGCUAUAGGACCGUGGUCAGACCUUCCUAUAAAGUGGUGUACCGCACAGUGACCUCCCUGGAGUGGAAAUGCUGUCCAGGAUUCAGUGGUGCUGCCUGUGAAGAAGAUGCUGGGAACCAGCUUGUGGCUCAGGAGGCAGUGAGGAAACCAUCUAUGCUUCGCCGGCCGCCAGCACGCACAGGAGAGCCAAUCUCUAACUGUCUCAACUGCAGUCGAAUCACAGCUUUGAGUGACAGGCUGAACACACUGGAGGCGAAGGUCCAAUUACUCACUGUCCCAGCCACCAUAUCGCAUCGCCACCUUCAGGGUAAAGGAGGAAAUGCACCAGAGGCCUCGUUACUGAUGGGGGCCGUGCCAUCUAAGGGAGCUCCUGGUGAGCAGGGCCCUGCAGGUCCUCAGGGUGAAAAAGGGAGAGAUGGGCUUCCUGGCAGAGAUGGGAAGCCAGGGUCUCGGGGGCUGCCAGGUCCUAGUGGGCCUCGUGGGGAGGCUGGGGCAAGGGGCCCAUCUGGAACUCCUGGAUUGAAGGGAUCCCUGGGACCAGCAGGCCCCCGUGGUCCACCAGGACUCCUGGGAGAGAGGGGUCUACCAGGACCGCCUGGGCCUCCAGGGCCUCCAGGCCCUCCAGCGCCAGCCAGUUCCCACAUCCCAGAGCCUGACCACACUCGUGGAAAAGACCCCUUCUUCACCAACACAUUCCAUGACUCACGAGGGUUGCCUGUUCCAGGACCUCAGGGCCCCCCCGGGCCUGUUGGUCCCCCAGGUCCCAAAGGCCCAGUAGGACCUCCUGGCCCACCAGGACAGAAUGGGAAACCUGGAGCUCCUGGAACACAGGGCCCUGUGGGACCAAAGGGAGAACGUGGGGAGAGAGGUCCUUUAGGUUACCCAGGAGAGAGGGGCUUCAGAGGCGAGCCGGGAGCACCGGGUCCCAAGGGAGAGCCAGGAGAGAAGGGCUUGCCGGACGUUAGCUUGCAGAUGUUCCACGACUUGCAGGCAGACCUUGAGCUUCUGGCCCGCAGAGUGACACUGUUGGAGGCUAUCAUCUGGCCAGAGCCUGAUCUAGGGUCUGGGGAUGGACCGUUUGGCACAGCCUCCCCUAGUUUCUACAGGGAUAAGCGAGCAGGUGCAAUUCCAUAUCGGCUUGCUUCUCCUCUGUCCUCUGACACCAAGGUUCGAGGGAAGUAGGUCCCCCUGCUCACCCUGAGGAUCGCAGGCUGGGUUGACUGCCCGUCCUACGGGUCUCAUCGGCACUCAACAGAUGUAGACCUUAUCUGAUACCCUCUCUGGGCUUUGCCGUCAGAUUUAGGAUGGUGGGACACCUCAGGGAAACUCCACUGAUACGCCACAAUGCUUCUCCUCCAUCGGGAACCUGAGAGCUAGUUUGAACUCCACCCAUUACCAUAACCAACACUUCUCUAUACAUAAUACACCCAGCAGUUCCUUCUGUGUCUCAUUUGUUUGGCUACACAACAUAAGCCUCAGAUGGUGUUUGAAAAAUCUGAAUCUUCUGUUCCGCUCCUCGAGCUACAGACAGUUCAGGACAAUAAGGGUUAUUUAGAUUAAUCAAUUGAAGGAGAAAUCAGAUGUGAGAAAAGAGACUGGAUUUGAGUUUGUAUUGCUUUCACAAUGUAACUGCAAUCCGAAGGGAUUACAUUAUUUAAGUAUAUUGAGCAUGUACAGUUUGCAGGACACAAUUAUACACACAAACCUCUUCUAUUAUUAAUUUUGUUAUACUUCUAUCAUAUUGUUUAACUCAAUGUUAUGUAGUGCACUAAAAAAUUAAGUCAUCUCUACUCUAACUGAGAUAUGUGUUGCUAACAGUGAGUUUUAGUUUUCUGUUGUGAGUGUUUUUCCCCCUUAAAGUACACACUGAUAAAGUGAUUUAAUAUACAAUCGUAUAUUGACAUUUAAUCCCAAUAUUUAAACAUGUGCAUUUGGAUUUGGCUGCAUAUCAUUGGAAACAAUCAUAAAUAUUGUUGCGUUCUGGUAAAAAAAAACAAAAUGUUGAAAUUAAACCUGGCUGUCCAUUUCUUUAACACAAACACGUGCACGCACAAACACAUGCACGCACACCCCCCUCACACACAGAGGAAAUAGCAAAACAAAGGAACGUGAACAUGUUUUUACCACUGCUGUGUUGGUAAACUUAGACUGCUUAAACAGUCCUGAUGAAAAGACUUGAUAAUUGUUUUUUCAUCUUAUAUCAAACUUACUUGUGAAACUAUUUAAAAAUGAUCAGUUGUAGUUU